AGUGAUCGACCUCAAACGCCUCCCCAGGUUCCUGGUUCGGUGUCUCGGCGCAGGAAGUUCGCUCCGAGCUGGUAGGCUUGUACAAGAUAAAUACCCGCAGUAGACGAAUUAGAGCACGCAGCCUUUCCACAUCACAACCUCAGCGCGGUGGCCGAGCCCGUGUCGCCAUGGGGCUGACGAAGCAGUACCUGCGGUUCGCCGCCAGCGCUGUCUUCGGCGUGAUCGGGAGCCAGAAGGCCAACAUCGCUUACGUCACCCUGAGAGGAGGAGAGAAGGGCCGAUACGUAGCUGUCGCAGCCUGCGAGCAUGUUUUUAUCUGGGACGUCCGCAAAGCAGAGAAGGUCCUUAUUCUUAAGGGGAAUAAGCAGGAGGUGACCUACCUCUGCCCUUCUCCUGAUGGCAUCCACUUGGCCGUGGGCUACGAGGAUGGCUCUAUUCGGAUCUUCAGCCUCCUCGGUGGAGAGAGCAACGUGUCUUUCAACGGCCACAAGUCGGCUGUCACUGUCAUUAGAUAUGAUGAGCUCGGUGCGCGACUUGUGUCAGGUGCCAAGGACACCGAUGUGAUCGUGUGGGAUGUGAUCAAUGAAUGUGGUUUAUACCGCCUGAAGGGACACAAAGAUGCCAUCACACAAGCUUUGUUCCUAAAGAACAGGAAUCUCCUCGUUACAAGUUCCAAGGACACUUUUGUGAAAUGGUGGGAUCUGGACACGCAGCACUGUUUUAAAACCAUGGUUGGACAUCGCAGUGAGGUUUGGGGAAUGGUGCUGCUAAACGAGGAGAAGAGGAUUGUCACUGGCUCUGCCGACAGUGAGCUGAGAGCUUGGGACAUCACUUACCUGCAGGAGAACAAGGAAGAGGGGGAGCCGGAGGUGAAGAAACCAAAAGCACUGCUGGAUGAUCGGGAUGACCAGGAAGAGGAGCUGGAUGAGAAUCCAGCAGAGCGAAUCUUGAGCUGUCAGAAAGCUGGAUCAGUCCUGAGGGAUGGAAGGGACAGGGUUGUGACCAUGACAACUGAUUUGAAGUCCAGAAUGUUAGCAUGUCAUGGAACUGAUGCAAUUCUGGAAGUGUUCCAUGUCCUGUCAGAAGCCGAGGUUAAACGGCGACUAGAGAAGAGAAUGAAGAAGGCAAAGAAAAGAGCUAAGUCUCGGGACGGGAAGGAAACUGCCGAGGAGCUGGUGGAGAGGAAGCUGGAGGAUGAGAUCCAGAGACUGACCCACAUUAAGGCCUCUGCCAAAAUCAGGGACAGGACGAGGCUGUUAAGGUUCUUUGAAAGUGGCUGGGUAAUACAGUCACAUCUGGAGAAAAGCUUUUGUUUUUUUAAUAGGUCGACUCUGCAGGUGAUCCGCACGAUGGCUUGUGACUACGCGCUCUGCUCCCUCUUCGUCCCCGGGGACCGGCAGAUCGUGAUUGGCACCAAGAGUGGGAAGAUCCAGAUUUUUGACCUGGCGUCCGGCAGCCUUUUGGAGACCACAGACGCUCACAAUGGCGCACUGUGGUCCAUCUGUCUUUGUCCAGAUCAGAGGGGCAUUGUGACAGGUGGGGCUGACAAGACUGUCAAGUUCUGGCAGUUUGAGCUGGUGAAGGACAAGGAGUCUGGACAAUCAAAGAGGCUGACGGUGAGCCACACGCGCACCCUGCAGCUGGAUGAGGACGUCCUGUGUGUGCGCUACAGCCCAGACCAGCGGCUGCUGGCCGCCUCCCUGCUGGACUGCACCGUGAAAGUCUUCUACGCCGACACUCUCAAGUUUUUUCUGUCUCUCUAUGGACACAAACUACCUGUGCUUUGCAUGGAUAUUUCCCAUGAUAGCGCUUUGAUAGCUACCGGCUCUGCGGACAGAAAUGUCAAGAUCUGGGGUCUAGACUUUGGAGAUUGUCACAGAUCCCUUUUUGCCCAUGAUGACAGUGUCAUGUUUCUGCAGUUUGUCCCUAAAACCCACCUGUUUUUCACCGCGGGCAAGGACAAGAAAAUCAAGCAGUGGGACGCUGACAAGUUUGAGCAUGUGCAGACGCUAGAGGGUCAUCAUCGGGAGGUGUGGUGCCUGGCGGUGAGCCCGAGCGGCGAUUACGUCGUGUCCUCUGCUCACGACAAGUCGCUGCGGCUGUGGGAGAGAACCAGGGAGCCCAUUAUCUUGGAAGAGGAGAAGGAAAUGGCAAGAGAGGCGGAAUAUGAAGAGAGCCUGGCCAAAGGCGAUGAGCCAGUGGUUCCAGGGGAGACCCAGGGUGAGGCAGGCCUGGCUGGGAAGAAGACCAUUGAAACUGUCAAAGCGGCUGAGCGCAUCAUGGAAGCCCUGGAGCUGUACCGGGAGGAGACCAGGAAGCUGGAGGAGCACAGUGCAGCCUGCAGCGCAGCGGGCAGAAAGUUACCGCCACCUACAAUGAGCCCCAUCCUUGUUGCUUUUGGAAACAUCUCGCCCUCUCAGUACGUCUUAGAUGUGAUCAGGAAAGUCCGAUCCAGCGAACUGGAGGAGUCUCUCCUGGUCCUGCCCUUCUCCUACGUCCCUGACCUGCUGUCUCUCUUCAAUGAGUUCAUCCGCGGCGGCCUGGAGGUGGAGCUCGUCUGCCGCUGCCUGUUCUUCCUGCUCAGGAUUCACUUUGGGCAGAUCACAAGCAGUCAGAUGCUGCUGACAGUGAUUGACGAUCUGAGGAAAAACACCAUCUCUAGAGUCCGACAGAUAAGGGAUAUUCUCGGCUUUAACAUAGCAGGCCUGCAGUUUCUUCAGCGGGAGAUUGAGAACAAAGAAGACGUGACUUUCUUUGCUGACGCUACAGACCGGUUUGAGGAAAAGAAGAGAAAAAGGAAGAAGAGGGAGCGCGCCAUUCUCACUGUUGCAUAAGCUGCCAAUGAAGUAUUGCCUUAGUUUUUUACUCUUUGUAUACGAAUCCUUCAAUAGUCACGUCCUUAGUCUGACAAUGUGGAAAUACAAGUCUGUUCCAAGGAACUUCAUGUCUUGCUCACUUAAUUACAAGUUCUGAUUGGCAAAAUGUUUUUGACUGGUCUAUCAUUGUAUACGGUGAAUGUAACCCAACUGAAACGUUGAUGGGUGACCACAUUCCUCACUGAUGAAAGUAUCCAGGUAAAUACAAGGGCUUCCUCUUGUAAUUAUUGAAGAAAUCUGUAAUGGGAUGCCAGUGGCUUUGAGGAACUCAAAUUAAUUUCUGGAGUAAAGCUUCAGUGGAGCGUGGCAUCCAUUGAAGGUGAUCUGAUCAGCUGUAAAUACUUCUGAGACCUGUGGGUUAAAGAAGGAGGGUUGUUGACCAUUGCUCACAACCUCUGACCUUUACACAGACACCUUCAGAUCAUAAGGGCUGAAGCUGGCUAUUUCCACGUAGUUUGAAGAAAAGGUGACUUCAGUUCUCGAGAACAGUUGUCCCUCGAGUCCAACUGGAAUGUGCAUGUUGAAGCGGAGCUGGGAAAUUUGACUUCAGCUCUUCUGCAGUAUAUUCGUCUAGUUUAUUUUCGGAGUUAUCCUACUCUAAGUAUGCGUGAUGGGUUGGCUCAUGAUAUUGCAGAUAACAUAAGUAUCCACUUUCAUGUAAGAAUUGAAAAGAACUGAUAACAUGUAAAUGGUACCUGUCAAGACAUUUUAUUAAAGUGCAAAGUGCAAAUGCCAAACAAUAAUAAAUACAACAGCAGUGUGACCUCAUUGCAUACAGUAUAUAACUUUAAUCAUUACAUAUGUUGCACUUUUUACACAAUAUAGGAUGUUCAAUUGUUUAUGGUAUCAUGAGGUAUAGCAGCUUUUGCUAUAAUUUAACCACAUGUCGGCUAUCUGGCAGGAUCAUCUGGUGCUACCUGCAUCCCCUGAUGUGUGUUGUAGCUGUUCUUGUGCACACUGGGGAGAAAUGCACAGACUGCAUACUCUUCACGAUCACGCUUCUCACAGCGGCUUAAGUAAGAGGAAACAAGCAGCAGCAACUAUUAUUCCGCAACUACUUUUUUCUAACAGCUAUACAGAGAAA